AUGCAAUUUCAGCGGCCAUCGCCGCCGCAACAGCAGCAACAGCAACACUAUGACUACUUCAACAAGCAGCCUUGUUUUUCGUCGCAAAACCAUGUCCUACCUUGUUUGUUGGCAGCUAUAAUUCUCAAACAAGCACGCACCAGUGGUAACUCUGGCUUAGAUUGCUUGGCACAGAUCAAGUCAAGUCGAGGACUUGUCAAAAGAAACUCAUCUGCAGCUGCUGUGCACCUACAUCUACAAGACCAGUAUCAACAGUGUCCAUCUUCUUUAUCGCAACUGAGUGAUGUCACUACGCUGGUUACUGAAGAACAAAACCGGAAUCAUCUAGAUACAUACUCAACAAUAACAGAAAGAGUAGGGGCGCAGGACUUUUCCCCGGAACGUACUGCUUCACCACCACCAGGUCCACGCCCGUCCUUUAUGGAGACGAUUGCCGAACUUGAAUCUAAUAUUAAAACAGAUAGCUCGGACAAUCAGAUGAAGGAGUUGCUGCAACAAAGAAUGAACGAAACACUUAGAAGAUGGAAGUUGGAGCAUGAGCUGAAAUUAGAUCAACUAUGUAUGCGACUUGAGCCUAUUCGUCAGGAGCCUGUUCAGCCUGAUCGUGUUGUAAAAAAACGCGGCCGUCCUCCAAAAAAGCGGAAAAUACAGGAUCAACCACCUGAUGUCUCGACUGCCCCCGUCAAUGAAUCAUUAAACAUCUCAGACAGUAUAAUUGACCGUACAGCAGCUUUCCCACAAAGUCAAGCUAGAAUCUUCAAAUGUAUGGAAUCACUUCGGCGUAGCCGAUUCUUUUUAGAGUCUGCUGAUAGAGAUAAGGUGCAAGAUGGCUUUCGUGUAGAGGCAUCUAUUUGGAACACGACAAUGACCACAGGAAUGAUACAGCUGAUUGAAGAGGUGAUACAAAUCUUCUUAUCCCCAUGUCCGACUUAUAAUUCGAGUGUCGUGCAACAAACAGCAUCUUUCGGCAUCCCUGUUAACCUUUCACCAGUUCGAACAGGUUCUUGGCGCUUUGGAAUCAUCAUGGAGCCAAUACCUACUACAGAAGCCAUCCUCACGAUCAAAGGUUCCGGACCAACUGGGGGAAAAGGAGGCGAUAAAGAUAAUCCUCGCUGCGAACUGUCCCAUAACGCCCACCGACAUCCAUUUGAAUCUACUAAAUUUAUGUUACAUAAGCAUCCUACUUCGGGUAAUACUCCGAAACUUGGUCAGGACACUCGAAUGCAUAAAUCAACUAAAGGCAGGGUCCAAAGAACAAUGCUUGACGGUAGGGCUACAGAACCGCGGGAUCUCUUUGAAAUCGGGCGCUAA